UCACAGGAUUGGUGGAUGGCUGCUCCAGAUGUGGCCCCAUGCCAAGCCCUUAUGUCUUUAUAUACUGUAAUCAGAUGAGGGGACAGUCCUGAGUGAGCAUCGCACCCACUCUGCCUCUUUGCUGCAGCUCCCCUGUCAGCCCUGGUCUCCAGCAUCCACAGGUCUUCUUCUCUGCACCUCAGGCUCUGAACACGAUGGCCAAGCAGACCCUCAUCCUCACUCUGUGGCUCCUGACUGGGAGCCUCUUCACCGAAGCGACCUACUACCGCCACCACCGCUACAUCCCGCACUUUUUCCGCUACAGGGAGCCCUCCACCAACACAGAAAACCUCCUCCCAGACGUUGUAAAUCCGGCGCCCGAAGUCUCCCAGUCCGGCGUCCCGACCUACCCCGAGGUCCCCGAGGUGUUCCACCCGGCGCCCGAAGUUGUCCACACCAUCCCUGAGGCUUUCUACCCGGUGCCCGAAGUCGUGCAUCCGGCACCUGAGACCCAUCACCAGACUCAGGUGCUACAGCUCGGCCCCGAAGUCCCCUCCCCCGACAGAAAUCGUGAGAGUCGGGUGUUUUACGGAAUCAUGUUUGAUGCUGGGAGCACCGGCACCAGGAUCCACAUCUACAAGUUCAUUCAGAAGGAUCCCGUUGAGCUGCCUGUUCUGGACAAUGAAAUGUUCCAUGCAGUGAAACCUGGACUGUCUGAAUAUAAGGACAACCCUGAGGAGGGUGGGAACACCAUCCGUCAGCUGCUGAAGAUUGCCAAAAAGACGGUGCCAGAGGAGGAAUGGGGGAGGACACCUGUGGUCCUGAAGGCCACGGCGGGUCUGCGUCUGCUGCCCAUGGAGAAGGCCAAUGCCUUGCUAAAGGAGGUGCAAGAAGUAUUUGAAGAAUCAUCUUUCUUUGUGCCAGAGAACAGCGUUUCAAUCAUGAAUGGAGCAAAUGAAGGAGUCCUCGCCUGGGUCACAGUGAACUUCCUCACAGGCCAUUUGUAUUCCAACACCAGGAGGACGGUGGGCAUUCUGGAUUUGGGUGGCGGAUCUACUCAGAUCACUUUCCUUCCAAAGUCGAAGAAAACGAUUGAAGUUGCUCCACCAAAAUUCUCAGCCAAAUUCAACCUGUUCAACCAAACAUAUGAACUUUACACACACAGCUACCUUGGAAAUGGGCUAGUUGCUGCCCGCCUUGCAACUCUUGGAGCACUAGGAGCUGAUGGACUGGAUUGGAAAGUCUUCACUAGUUCCUGCCUCCCAAAAAAAUACAGAGAAGACGUGAAAUUUGGAGGGGACAGCUAUAAAGUUAGCGGGAUUCCAGGCGGGUAUGCGGGCUACAAACUGUGCUACUACGAGGUCUUGAGGGUCGUCAAGGGCAAUUUUCACCAGCCCUACGAAGUAAAAGGCAGCAGCGUCUUCUAUGCAUUUUCCCACUACUUCGACAGAGCUGUGCAGACUGGCCUUGUCAGCAGUCUAGGUGGUAUGGUUGAAGUCAGAGACUUUAAGAAGAAAGCCAAAGAAGUGUGCAACAAAAUGACCAAAUACCGUGCCAUCAGCCCAUUCCUCUGCAUGGACAUGACAUAUAUCACCUGCCUACUAAAGGAGGGCUUUGGCUUCAAGGACAGCACAGUGCUGCAUCUGGCCAAGAAGGUGAACAAUGUGGAAACCAGCUGGGCUCUGGGGGCGACCUUUGACUUCUUCAGAAACUUCAACAUCCACCAAGACUAGCUGCUGUCGCUGCCACCGGCACUGAGAGGGACAGUCUAUCACUGUGGGGCCUCCUCGUUU